CUAAAAUAUAUAUUUCUCUUUCUCUCUCUUGCUCCCAUCAUUCUAUUGGCCCUUCUUUUCACUUUUUCAACUUCAUACAUUGACUAACUCUCCCUCUCAGUAUUCUCACACUGUAGACCAAAGAUUCUAGCUUUCCAUCUACCUUUCCUUCUCUCAUUCUCUCAAGGUUGUCUUUAGUAAGCAUUGAGGUUUGGAGGCAAAAAUACAGUUGCAAAGGAAUAAUGGCAACUCCAAAGCCGGAGGAGAUAAGCCACCCACCAAUGGACCAACUUCAAGGCUUAGAGUACUGCAUAGACUCAAACCCUUCAUGGGUGGAGUCAAUAGUUUUGGGUUUCCAGCAUUACAUUUUGGCCUUAGGAACUGCCGUCAUGAUUCCUUCUUUUCUUGUGCCUUUGAUGGGUGGAACUGAUGAUGAUAAAGUGAGGGUGGUGCAGACCCUGCUUUUUGUUGAAGGAAUUAAUACACUUCUGCAGACACUCUUUGGAACCCGGUUGCCAACAGUGAUAGGAGGGUCUUAUGCAUUUAUGGUCCCCAUUAUAUCGAUAAUUCACGAUUCCUCAUUGACAACGAUUGAGGACCCACAUUUGAGAUUUCUUAACACCAUGAGAGCAGUACAAGGGGCAAUGAUAGUGGCAUCAAGCAUACAAAUUAUUUUGGGUUUUAGUCAAUUAUGGGGCAUUUGUUCUAGGUUUUUCAGUCCUCUUGGAAUGGUUCCAGUAAUUGCAUUAGCUGGUUUUGGGUUAUUUGACCGAGGCUUCCCUGUGGUCGGUCAUUGCGUUGAAAUUGGAAUUCCCAUGUUGAUUCUGUUUGUAGCCUUCUCUCAGUACUUGAAAAAUUUUCAUACUAGAGAGCUACCUAUACUAGAGCGAUUUGCCCUACUAAUAUCAACCACAGUGAUAUGGGCAUAUGCACAUCUGUUAACAGCUAGUGGAGCAUACAAACACCGUCCUGACUUAACCCAACAUAAUUGCAGAACAGACAGGGCCAACCUCAUUUCUUCUGCUCCAUGGAUAAAGAUCCCAUACCCUCUUGAGUGGGGUGCUCCAACAUUUGAUGCUGGUCAUGCUUUUGGAAUGAUGGCUGCUGUCUUAGUCUCCUUAAUUGAGUCAACUGGGGCAUACAAAGCUGCAUCAAGACUGGCAAGUGCAACACCACCUCCUGCUCAUGUUCUAAGCCGUGGUAUUGGUUGGCAGGGAAUUGGAAUAUUGCUGAAUGGCCUUUUUGGAACACUCACUGGUUCAUCAGUUUCUGUAGAGAAUGUGGGGCUUCUUGGAAGUACUCGUGUUGGGAGUCGAAGGGUCAUUCAAAUCUCAGCUGGUUUUAUGAUAUUCUUCUCAAUGUUAGGAAAAUUUGGAGCUUUAUUUGCAUCAAUACCCUUCCCCAUUUUUGCAGCAGUGUACUGUGUUCUGUUUGGCCUUGUGGCUUCUGUGGGGCUAUCAUUCUUGCAGUUCACUAACAUGAACUCAAUGAGGAACCUCUUUAUUACUGGUGUAGCCCUUUUCUUAGGGUUUUCUGUUCCUGAGUAUUUCCGAGAGUACAGUUCAAAGGCCCUUCAUGGUCCUACUCAUACAAGGGCAGGAUGGUUCGAUGAUUUCCUUAAUACUAUAUUCUUCUCAUCUCCAACUGUUGCAUUGAUUGUUGCUGUGUUCUUGGACAACACUCUUGACUACAAGGAUAGUGCCAAAGAUAGGGGAAUGCCAUGGUGGGCCAAGUUUAGAACUUUUAAUGGAGAUGGCAGGAAUGAAGAGUUUUAUACCCUUCCUUUCAACCUUAACCGGUUUUUCCCUCCUCGGUAGGAAUGUUGUAUACCAUCAAAAAAGAUGUUAGAAGAGGAAAAAAACAUCAUUUCCAGACAAGGUUUGCAUGUGGUUCGUGUUUGAGUGAAGCAUGAUAUGUGUAUCAUAUUUUAUGGAAAAAUUUAUCAUAGGCUUCACACA